AUGCCUUACUUUCGCUGGCUACUCAUCUUCUUCGUCCUAGGCCUCGCCUCUCUGGCUUCAGGUCUCCCGAUUCCCGGCUAUAAGGCUUUGGACUCUCCUCAUCCCUCAACAAUUAUCCUCGAGGAACAAGAAGAUGGCACACGCAACAUCUCUGUGGGAGAUAACAUCAAGAAGAGACAAUGGAAGGACCUGCCAACUCCCCAUAUAACCCUCAUCAAUGCCACCCCCUAUAAAUGGCAAAAGAGUUACAUCCACCAGUACCAAAUGCCAGACUGGGAGGAAGACUUCCCCGAACACAUCUAUCCAGGCGAUAUAGCUCCUGUCCUGAUUCAGCCAUCGAAAACCUACUCCAACUGGGCAGACUCUGCGGCUGAGGUAGUAUACGAUAUCGUUGGAACCUCAGAGCCCAUGUCAUUCAUGGUCAAGUUCAACAAUCGGCACAACACCCUCAAAGUAGAGUUCCUUCACUCCCUGUCUUCCAUGAACAAUGCCAAGGGAAGCAUCCACGACUUUGAAAUCACAAAGUUCCCCGGCACCGCGUCGGCCUUCAUCAUUGCCGGCCAAGAGGGCCAUUUCAUCACCAACGAUCCGCCCAUCGACUGGAUGCAGACUAUGCUUCCCGAACUAAAAGACAAGCCUCUGCGGGAGAUUGUUCUCGGGAGGUCACAUCACUCCGGCCUGUGGCACUCCCACGUGAGUAUUGGCCUUGCGUCGUCGCCAAACACCGUGACGCAGAGCGUCAACCUUCGCGAACAGCUCGGCAAUGGUGGCAUCCGCGUUCUCGACUUCCGACCCCUUAAGAUUGGCGACGAGUUUCGCGAAGUUCAUGGCGUGAGAACCCCUGACCCGUUAGGUGGCAUAAUGUUCCAGGGCUCUGAGGGGGCCCUCUUGAGUGACAUGAUCCAAACUGUCAACGAGUUCAAUCGGAAGUACCCCGGCGAGCUCAUCAUCUGGGAUGUACACAGCCAUGAUGCCUGGAACCAAGAUUAUCAAUAUCGCGAACUGAGUGACAGCCAAGAAGACCGUGUAGCGCUAUACAACCAGUUCUUGGCGGUAGAGAACCGCGUCAACAUCCCCGACGUCGUCCAAGACGUCAGCCAAAUGCCCCUGGGCUGGUUCAUCGGCAACAAAACGUCUGCCGUCCUCAUCAACUUUGACGACGCCUGGCGGGAGAAGGAUAUCGAUGUUUUCCCCGGUAAACGCGAGGGCUUCAUCACGGGAAGAAUCCUCCCGCUCUACCACCCCUGGAGCGAUACCAACAACGUCCAUAAUCUGGCUAAGGACCAGAUCGCCGAGUUUCACGCGAAACGACCUGUUUCGCAAAGCGCCAUCAUCAUUACCGAAUGGGUCUUGACAAUGCGAGGCACCCAAUUUAUAAAAGACACCAUCUUGGCACUGGCAAAUGCUGCGUGGCGGUCAUUGUUUGUUGAUCUCUGGCCUGCGACGACAGGCCAGUCUUAUCCUAACUGGAUCUCGAUGGAUAAUGUGCGUGGGAACCAGCAAAAGACUCUCGUCAUGGCGAUGAACCACUGCCUGGUGGCCAAAAAAUGUGGUGUUCUGGGUGGCAAGGUCAACAUCUGA